CCCGCCCUCGCCCCGCGUCCUCCGCUCCCCGGCCCCCCGCAGCCGGCCCAUGCCUCGCAGCCGCGUCGCUUCUUGAACCUCCUCCAGCCAGCCCCGGCAAGUUUCCGCGCCGAGCAGCUUCUCCGUGCGCCCACCACCGCUGCCGUCGCCAGAGCAAAGCCCAAGCCAUGGGGAGGAAGAAGAUCCAGAUCUCCCGGAUCCUGGACCAGCGGAACCGGCAGGUGACCUUCACCAAGCGGAAGUUUGGACUGAUGAAGAAGGCCUAUGAGCUGAGCGUGUUGUGUGACUGCGAGAUAGCCCUCAUCAUCUUCAACAGUGCCAACCGGCUCUUCCAGUAUGCCAGCACCGACAUGGACAAAGUGCUUCUCAAAUACACAGAGUACAGUGAGCCCCACGAGAGCCGAACCAACACCGACAUCCUGGAGACCCUGAAGCGGAAGGGGCUGGGACUGGAGAGCCAGGAGCUGGAGCUGGACGAGGGGCCAGCCGAGCCUGCGGAGAAACUCCGGCGACUGAGCGACGGGGUGGACCUGUCCCUGACACGGCAGAGGCUCUAUUCGGCGGCCCCACCCCUGCCCAGCCAUAAUGUGGCAUAUGGGGCAGUGCCUCCCCCCAGGACUGAUCCAGCUGGCCUGGGCACCCACGGGGAGCCCUCUCCCAGCCAGAGCCACCCACCCCCCUUCAAGCCAGCGGGGCCCAAGCCCGGCCCCCCAGCAGGACGCUCCCCGGGGCCACUGCCCCCAGGACUCAGCUACCCUCUCUUCUCCCACGGCAACCUGACUCGGGCCCUGGCCAGCAAAACUCCACCCCCGCUCUACCUGGGGGCUGAUUCCCGGAGGCCAGAUCUGACCAGCAGCCUGGGCGGGGCCCGGGGGACCCUGAGCUCUACGAGGACCCUCUACUCUAGUCUGCAAAACUCCAGUCCCAUGGUAGCUACUGGCAACAGCAACCUUCCCAGUCAUGGGCUGGGUGCCUUCCCUUUCCUGUCCACUAGCCAGACAGAGUACGGACCUGGAGAUGCUUCCCCCCAUCCCGGCUUCCUCCAGCCCAACACCAUGGCUUCUUGGCAGGCCCCUCGGGACAACCACACCUCCUUGCACUCGCAGCUGGGCAGCGUGGCCGCUCGCAUCCCGCCUGGCGAUGAGGGUCCCCCGGCUCCUGGAGUGUCCCCCCACCCCCAGCCCAUCAGCAUCAAGUCAGAGCGCGUGUCUCCCGGGGCGACCUGCCCACCCACCACCCCUCAACACCACCUGUCCAGCCUGUCACCCGGUGCCGAGCUCCGCCCACGAGAGGACUUCACCAAGGGCUACCCCUACCCCCUGGUUCUAGCCCGGCCCCUGAAUGAAGAACCCCGCACCGGCCUCCCCACCCGACGCCUGCAGGUGGCAGAAAGUUGGCAGAGAUAGUGAGGGGCCCCAGGGGAAGGGAGUGGGAGGCGGGGGGGACGGGCUUUGCCGAUCCGCUCCCCCCGACCCAAUCCACUCUUCCAGGCCUCCCUCAUUCUCCCAUCUCUCCAGUCGAUGCAGAGGGGCCGAGGGGAGCUGGGGGCUUGGGCUCAAGCCUAAUUUAUUACAGGCUCCUGGGUUGGGCUAGAAAGGGUGAAGAGGCUGGGGCUCUAGGAGUUCUCUGAUUUAGAGACUUCUAAGAGGGUUCAACUCUGCCACAGAGGAGUCUGAGAUAGGCAGACCCCUUCCUCCACAGCCCGCCUUUUGCCCUUCCCCCUGGUAGUGGUGGCGGUGGUGGUGAAACCAACCCUAAGAGAAAGGCUGAUGGGUAUAGGGAUUGAGGACGGGAAACCGGGGUGGGUCUUGGGAUGAGAGCAGAGGUUAGUGGGAGACAGGGGAUGGGGUUAGACUAACCUGUAGGGACAGAAACCAUGGUGGGGGAGGGGGCUGGCACUCUUGUGAGGUCCAGAGCCUGCUCUAGGACACAGCACAUUUCUACCAGAGCCCUUCCAAGCCCAGAGAUGGGAAUCGAGGCUGGGGUCUGGUGAGUGGGGUGAUUAAAAAGCACCCCCUUCCAUAGGUUCUUUUCCUCACUCCCCAUAUCCCAUCUUCGGGGACCAGGGAGCCAAGCAACACCCUCAGGGCCCCCACCAUCCUCUGUGUCCUCUAUAAUUACAUUUGGGGUGGGAGAGGGAAGACCUGGUCUUUGGGAGAGAAGUAAUUGGCUCCCUCCCUCCUUCUUCCCCCACGACUCUCACGGCCAUCACCUCCCCACCAGGGGCCCUACAGUGUUUGGUUUGCCACGUGGGAUUCAUUUCUAUUUAUUUUGUGUCCUCGUCAACCACCGUGUCCAUCCACUCACCCAAUAAAGAAACACAGGAGGGA